AUGAUGACAACAGUGGAAAAAAUGGACUAUGAUUUACAAAGGCGAACGGGCCAUAACAUCAAUUACAUACACGACGAUUUACCCAUACUAGCGGAUGAGAGGGUCAAGAAAGGCAUAACAUUUUCAAGAUUUCGACAAUCGCAAUUAAGCAUUAUCGAUUUCAUUUUAUCGUCCAGCAAUUCUGCAUUUCAAUCGCAUGGUGAUCAAGAUCCUAUAUAUUUACGUCCAUUUACAUCGUCAUUGGAUGAGUUUUGGCAGAUGCUGGAUGGCGUCCAAACUACAGGGGACGAUUCAAACGAGAAGAAGGCCAUUGUUGACGCACUUCAACAAUGUUUAUCUCUCGAUUGGCGUCCGGAUGUUGUAGAUGGACGAUUCAAUGACAAACUCGUUCUUCUGAUUACGAACGGUCCACCGUGCAAUUUGCUUGAGGAAAAAUGUGCGUGUAAUAGUCCUGAUCUUUGGCAAUUGGUUGAUGCUUUGGCAAAGAAAAACAUCACAUUAGUAGUACUUGGUAUUGAACCAACUGUGAUUUGUAGCGAUUUUUAUUGUGCCUUGGCAAAAAAGACAGGCGGUGAAUAUAUCCCAUUUGUCAACGCAGGACGUGCUCUGAAACGUGUUGUUCGUCAAGCAAUAUUAGGAUCGUACACUUAUAGGCAAUUAUUUGUUCGUCUCGAUGUUCGUUCAGAUAUCGAACUGAAUUCUUUGUAUUCUUAUUUGUAUUCGUAUGAACGUGCAAAGGAAAUGUACAAAUACUGUGCUACAAUGGAUGAUAUUCGGCGAUUAUUUUAUCGAGUGCGUAGUCAUGAUGUCCAAGCCGAAGCUGGUGAGAUUAUUAAUGAAAUUAGCGGUCCAGAUUCAGGUUACGGUGCAAGUUCUCCACCAGCAUAUACAAAUUAUUCGGAUGGACCAAAUUUAGAACUGAAUGUCGGUACGUUGCCAACAAAUACCAAUUAUAUUGAUCUUUGGAAGCAUCCACAUAUCAAUAUUAUCACGUCAUCACCAAUAAACAAUGACGAUGGUCAUCGAUCUCCACUGUUGCUGGCAACACAUCCUCAACUUAUUUACGGGCAACGAUAUGUCCAUCCAUUAGCGAUCGGUUCAGAUAGCGAAAUUGAUGAUGAAUAUAUCUUGGGAAACAAUCAUUCUAAUGUAGUUACACCACCAUUGAGUAUUAACUUCAACGGCGGUUGGCUUCAUCCCAAAUUGAACAGUGGUACUCCAACACCGGUAACUGAUGAUGAAGGUUAUCGAACACGUUUGCCGACGGGGGCAUCAGUCGAUAUAAAUUUUAACCAAUGCUUUUCACAUUCAUUCGACAAUCAUUUAAGUUUCGGAUCGGAUGGUGACACCGAUGAUGAGGUCUUUGGAGCAUGA